UUCGCUCUCACUUCACUAUUUGCCUCUUCCUACUUCUUCUUCUUCUUCAUCUUCAAAAACCCACCACCACACUUUGCUUUCAUUCAAACCAAACCAAACCAAACCAAACCCAUUUUGAGAAAACAAAAACAAAAACAAACCCAGAAAAACCCACCAAAAAAAGAACAUAAAAAAAAAAAAAAAGAAAUUAUGCAGAGGUGUAGUAGCAGCUCACAUGAGAACAUGGCCGGUCCAUGUACAUGCGGUGUCCUCCACCACACCCAAUCCAAUUCCUCCUUCUCCAUGCUCUUCUCCAUGCCCAACCAUCACAAGCCGUACGAUCAUCAUCAUCAUCACCAUCACGAAACGCAGCAUGAUCAUCAUAAUCACAUGUACCCGUUCGCAUCCUCUUCCUCCUCUGUCGACUGUACUCUCUCCCUAGGCACUCCCUCCACCCGCCUCACCGAAAAUGACGUCGUCCUCGACGACAAGCGCACCCGCAACGAGCGGCGCAGCGUUUCCAACUUCUGCUGGGACUUGUUGCAGCCCAAGCACCACGCCACGUCAGCCACGUCUUCCCACCAUCACAAGAACGGCAGCCACCGCAGCGGCGGCAAUGGUAACGGCGUAUCUAACGCCGUCCAUUCUAAUAACGACCCCCUCCUCGCCCGCCGCUGCGCCAACUGCGACACCACCUCCACCCCUCUCUGGAGAAACGGUCCAAGAGGCCCCAAGUCACUGUGCAAUGCCUGUGGAAUUCGGUUCAAGAAAGAAGAGAGGCGUGCCACGGCGGCGGCAGCAAACGGCGCCAGUUCGAGUGUGGUAGGAAUGGAGCACAACAGUCACAUGUUGAGCCAGCACCACCACAACAAUUCAUGGAUGCCGCAUUCACAAACCCAGAAAAUGCCGUGCUUCUCUCCUGCCAUGGGCAACGAGUUUCGGUUCAUGGAGGACGACACUGCGCACCACGAAAACGACGCCACCGGCAUUCCCUUCCUCUCUUGGCGUCUCAACGUCACGGACAGACCAAGCCUCGUCCAUGACUUCACAAGAUGAGCUCGCGAGGAUGUUGAUGAAGAAAUAUUAUUAAUUAAUUAAUUCCAUGUUGUUAAUUAGUUUGCUUCUUCUUCUUUUUUU